AUGACACAAACCACAAGCUCACAAGAACUCACCUACAAGGACGUUCACCAUCAGCCGCUUCUUGCUCUCUUCAACAACUCACACUAUUCCGACUUUUCCAUUUUCUUCCCCAACCGAAUGGAAAGAGUUUAUGUUUGGCGUGGAAUUCUUGCAACUUGCUCAGAAUAUUUCAGUACCAUGUUCCAAUCUUCUGAACAUUUUACUGAAAAUGUAAAUUCUGAAAUGAUUGUCAAUGAUCCUGAAGAAGAAGAUUCCCUCUAUAAACUGAUCCGAUUCUUCUACUCUGGAAGUUUGAGCUACACCUUGAUCGAUGAGGCGUUGCAAUUAUUACUCAUCUCUCAAAAGUAUAUGAUCCAUGGAAAUGUACAAAAUCAUUUAAAGACAAACAUUGAGAAUAACAUUAAUGUCACCAACUGUUUUCACAUAUUUUGUCAAUUGGCCCUGUUAGAUUCGAACCCGAAUGAGGACUCGUUUGUUCAUUCCAUCCGUUCAGUAUGCGUCCUGGAGAUGGCCCGUAAUUUUUCCACUAUUUUGAGAGAACAUAUUGCAGACUUGUUAACUCUUUCUCCUUCCAUCAUGCUGGUGAUGAUGAGGGAUUUUUCAAGACUUUGUCAUCCAAAAACUAUGAAAAUUGCUUCGUCCAUGAUAAAAAGUUCGUCGACCUCAACAGCACCUUUGGAAGGAGGUCAUGCUUCAGCUGACACGAUGACCGUCAUGCACGACACUAUGAUCCCUCCAAGCUCACCUUCAACCUCCUCCUCCUCUUACACGAGAAGAAAAAUUGAGAAAAUUUCACCAUUGAGACGAAAUGGUCGAUUCAGUGCUUCCUCACCCAAUUUAAAUGCCAAUCAUUCAUGUAACCCUUUAGGUUUUGUUGUUAAAUGUGAUGGAAAACAAUUCUUAAGAUUCUUAAUGGAUUGGAUGAUUAUGGACGUGGAGGGCAGAAAGGAUGUCAUGACUGAAAUUAAGGCUCUUGAAAGCACACUGUCUUACUCUCAAUAA